AUGGGUUUACUUCCAUGGUACGUAAAAACGCGCAAAUUUUUAAUCUAAAAAUAAAUCGCGCUUUUCAGAUGAAAAUGAUACCUAACAAAGCUAACGUGUUUCUUCAACGAUUAUAUUAGGAUUAGAAUGUGGAGCUGGUGGUUUGGUCUGAAGAUGGCUCGGUACGUAAUAAAUUAAUGUAUACAAUGAGACUGUGGUACUGACUAUACUUUUAGUUGCCGGUUUUUUAUCUUUUGUGUUGGUUUUAGUUUAACGGUAUUAGGACCAGCUAUACCUACUAAUGUAUGUAAGAUGAAACGACAUGACCAUUCAAAUUACUAACUUUAUAGGGUGGUUUGUUUUAUUAUGCAAAUUACUAUCGUCCUGAAAAUUUUAGAGUACCUCUUUCAUUCAUUGCUGGUUGUUCAAAUACUUUCGGUCUUUCAUCUGGGCUUAUACCAAUUUUAUAUGGUUUCAGUGUUCAAAUUUUUGCAGCUGUAAAUAUUGCUAUGGAUGGUGGGUUUGAAAUUACAAAUCCAAAAAUUUUUGGAGUUUUCGUUGGUGGUAUAGUAUUUGCAACAAUAAUUACUUGA